AUGAAGAAGAUGAGAAGAUCAAAUGCUAAAGAAUUGUCUUUUGUUUUUGUUGACAGCGGCAGAACAUUAAGGAUGUAUACUACUCGCCAAUUUAAUUCUCGUCAUGCAGUUAUCUUCAUAUUAUUUUUAUGUCAUACAUUCGGACCGAGUUCUGCACAACGAGCAUCAGAUAAAGCAGAUAAAAAAACUAUUGAUGCGAUAAAGAGGUUGAUCCUUGAUAGAUUGGGAAUGAAGUCAGAACCUGUGAUUGACAAGAACACCAUAGAACUGUCAGUUAAAGAUCACGUUAAGAGUAAAAUGCAGAGUAAAAUGGAAACAAGCAAACAUACAGUAUCCAAAGUCAGCAUAACUCCUACUAAAACAGGUAAAAACAUUUUCGAAUUCGAUUUUGGCAGCACUGGUAUUUAUAUGACCGAUGCUAUUUAUUCAGCUUUUCUUAAUAUCAAACUCACCACCGGGAUCACAAAAAAUAAAAGUUUUAACAUCUCGCAGGACGGAAAAGUUCUUUUUCAGUCAUCUUUGAGUGAAAAAGAUUGGAUUUCUAAAAACGUCACGAGAAAUCUAGUUAACUGGAUUCAACACAAAUCGAAUAGUUUGACUAAACCGUAUGUACUUGAUAUUAAACGGGAAUUCGGAGAGAAAGCCCCUUCUACCAUAUAUCUUGAUGUCGAAUAUAUUAAUCGGAAACCUCAGAGAAGCCCUAGUAACGAAUGCCAUGUUGGGCAAACCACGUGUUGCCGAAAACGUGUACGUGUCAACCUUCGAGACUUUUCUUGGAUUUUUAAGCCGGACGAAAUUGAUAUAUUUUAUUGUGAUGGAUCUUGCGAGACCAAAAGUUAUGGCAGAUUCCUUUCUGCGCUCAUCGCAAAUUAUAAAUUUGCUAGUUGCUGCAUCGCAACCAAAUUUAGUAAUAUACGAAUGAUUUACAUUGACGAAACGAAAAAUCUUUAUGAAAAAGAAGUCCCGGGAAUAGAUGCGGAUGAAUGUGCCUGUAAUGGAUAUUACAAACAUUAG